GCCCAUUACGCUGUACAUCGAGCCUGUUUAAAGGGACAAUAUAUAGGCAGCAGCUAGGCAGAUAUUCCAGCUGUGUUGCUUGAAGUUCUCCACGUUUCAUUGCAUCGUAAUGUCUUCUUUUUACGGAAUUGGGCUGAUGUCGGGCAACUCCUUGGAUGGGUUGGACAUUUGUUAUGCUGAAUUUAUCGGAAAUCCUAACGUGGAUGUUUGGAGCUACCGUAUGAUAAAGACUGAGACAUUGCCAUAUUCAACCACAAUGAAAGCCAGGCUAAAAAGUGUGGCUAAAGUGUCUGGUGUCGAAUUGAUUCGUCUUCACCACGAUUAUGGCCGAUUUGUUGGAACAAAAACUGCAGAAUCUAUUCAACAAGAGAACAUAAAACCAGAUUUUGUUGCUGCAGCUGGACAUAGUGCAUUCCAUCAGCCCAACAAAGGGUUACACUUCAGCCUUGGUGAUGGUGAAACCAUCGCUGCUUAUCUACCAUGCCCCCUGGUGACCAACUUCGAAAAUAAGGACGUGGAACUAGGAGGACAGGGGCGUCCUCUUGUAGCAUUGGGAGACAUGUACCUAUUCAGUAACUUUGACUUCUGUUUGAACUUGGGCGGUUUGGCAUUUGUAUCCAGUGCAGGGCAAGCAUUCGAUGUUUGUCCGUGUAACGUAGUUCUGAAUUAUUUGGCAAAGUUGCUGGAUAAUGGUUUAGAUUUUGAUAAGGAUGGGGCGACUGCAGCAAGUGGGGAGGUUGUCCCUGACCUUCUGAAGGAGCUGAAUGACCUCUCCUACUACCACCGAGAAUUGCCAAAGACCCUAAGCCGGGAAUGGUUUGAUGAAGUGAUGGUGCCACUGUUUGAUCAGGAGCUAUGUAGUCCCUCUGACAAGCUGAGAACGGCGGUUGAACACAUCACUGACCAGAUCGUAGCAGCUAUCUAUCUGUUUCCUCAAUCAGUCGUACCGUCAUCCCCAAAAACUAGACCAAGAAAAAUCCUGAUUACCGGUGGGGGAGCAAGGAAUAAGUUUCUGAUGAGCGUGCUUGCAGACAAAUUGGACGACAUUCAUGAUAUUUCAUUUGCAGAUUGUGAGAUGGAACUUGUGGGAUACAAAGAGGCCUUGAUUAUGGCGUUUCUGGGAAUGAGGACAAUGCUUGGGUUGGUAAAUGUCAGUAGGGAUAUCACUGGUAGCAAGAUGGAUACUGUUUCAGGCAGCAUUCAUUUGCCGCCACAUCAUAGUAAGCCAACGUUCCUGCUGAAACAAUAGUGUGAUGGGACCAAUUUUGGAGUGUGACUCGUGUAUGAUGUGGGCAGUCUUAAGCAAUUUUCAGUCAUUCUUCUGCAUCAACUGUAGCUUGAAAUGUAUCAUAGUGCCCCUAAACCAAUAUUAUGGUGUGUGUACAAUGUUUGGUUGAGACAAUGUAUGUAUAUUAUGGGUAAGUCCAGGAAUCCGAGGAAGAACAACCUCCAUGGAACCGUGCCAGUGUAUUAUUAUAUGCUUGAUAUAUUGCUGACUUUUAUAUUGUAUGCUCAAUUUAUAGCGGACUUUCAGUAUUACAUGUUUAUGUUAAAUUUUUUAUUAUUUUGGUGGCAGUAGUAGGUAUUGGCAUGCUGGAGAUUUGUGACUUGUUGACUAUUGUGGCAAUUGUAUAUAUAAGAGGUUGUUGAUUAUUAUGGCAUCUUCCACCUGAAGCUAUAAAAAUGCAAGGAAACAUUGUUUUUGUUGCAGUAUACAAAAAGCUGUUUCAGUAUGCAAAAAUAGAAAUGGCGGACGCAGGAAAAUUACUUCUGGUGUAGAAUGUGGCCUGAUUCUCAGUUAGUUAUCGUCUGGGGUGUAUGAUGAAUUGUUUGAGUCCUGCUGAAUGGUUCUUUCGAGCUUUAUAUGCAAUAUAAUUUGUUGCCUGCCUCGUGUUUGUACUAGGCCUAAAAGGCGGUCUUGAAGCGACCAAUAAAUUGUAAAAUUCAGGUUAUCUAAUAACAUGUGAAUGUACAUAGUAUAAUGUUCUUUGCAAAAUUGUUGCAUUUAUAGAAUUUAUGAAAUUUAUGGUGCAAGUUGUGCUUCCAAUUGCAGCUCUGUUAAAAGCCUGUUGACAUAUACUGUAUAUUGUUGAUUCAAUAAAAUUGAUUUUA